AUGUUGUUUUCUAUGUUGUCGAAAAUUAAAUUAAUGGAAUUUAAUAGCAAUGAUUUUCUCAAUAAAUUGUAUAAAGACAUCAACGAUAAUAAGUCCCAGAAACUCAGCUCCAAAUAAUAUGCAGUAUUCUAAAAUUUAAAUUAUUAAAGUCUAUUCAAAUCCAAUAGAUUUUUCAAGUACUUGUUCUUAAAUUUUACUUGACUACAAACUAAAAUUAAGCCUUCCGAGAAGAUCCUAAAAUUAGCACUUCGCUAUAGAAUAGUAAAUAAAUUUAGAGCCGAAAUUUGCGUAUUGAAGUAGCAUAAAUGAAUGUAUGA